AUGUCAUCACAGCACCAAACAACAGUUACAGAAUUCAUUCUCCUGGGACUCACAGACAAUCCCGUGCUGGAGAAGAUCCUGUUCGGGGUGUUUCUGGGCAUCUACACAAUGACACUGGCAGGAAAUCUGGGCCUGAUCAUGCUCAUCAGGACCAAUUCUCACCUCCAGACACCCAUGUAUUUCUUCCUUGGCCACCUCUCCUUUGUGGACGUUUGCUAUUCUUCCAACAUCACUCCAAAGAUGCUGAACCAUUUCCUUGCAGAACACAAGACCAUCUCCUAUGCUGGCUGCUUCACACAGUGUUUCCUUUUCAUUGCCCUGGUGAUCACGGAGUUUUACAUCCUCGCUUCAAUGGCAGUGGAUCGCUAUGUAGCCAUUUGCAGCCCUCUGCAUUAUAGCACCAGAAUGUCCAUGAGCAUCUGUAUCUCUCUAGUGGCCUUUCCUUAUGUGUUUGGCUUUCUCAAUGGACUCUCUCAGACCCUGUUGACUUUUCACUUAUCCUUCUGUGGUCCCCUUGUAAUCAAUCACUUCUACUGUGCUGACCCGCCACUGAUAAUGCUGGCUUGCUCUGACACCCACGUCAAAAAGAUGGCAAUGUUCAUCGUUGCUGGCUUUACUCUCUCAAGCUCCCUGUUCGUUAUUCUUCUGUCCUACCUGUUCAUUUUUGCAGCCAUCUUGAGAAUCCGGUCUGCUGAAGGCAGGUACAAAGCAUUUUCUACCUAUGGUUCCCACUUGACCACAGUCACCCUAUUUUAUGGCACCCUCUUCUGCAUGUACUUAAGGCCCCCAUCAGACCAGUCUGUAGAGGAAUCCAAAGUAAUUGCUGUGUUUUAUACCUUUUUGAGUCCAAUGCUGAAUCCACUGAUUUAUAGCCUAAGGAACAACGCUGUGAUUUAUGCCAUGCAGCAAGUACUUAGGGGAAAAUUACUUCUGAACAUUGGAGCUUAA